ACGUUGGAACAGUUUAAGCCAUAAACUAGUUAUUGAUUGAAGUUGAACAUCUUCCUUCAAUCGACAAAGAUGAUAGUAGGAAGAGCAGUUACAAAGAGAUCAUUGUGGUUUGUAAGGUGGAUUUCAGUUUCCAGUGUUGAAUUGAAUGGGAAGCAGCGAUUCGCAGCCCUUUGGGGGAACGGUGAUCAUGGCAGGCUAGGGCAUGGAAGUCUUGAGUCGCAAUGGAGACCUAAUGUUCUGCCUUCUUCUGCUUUUGAUAAUCAAAACCUCCGUGAAAUUGCAUGUGGCGGAGCUCAUUCUCUCUUUCUCACAGAUCAUGGUCGUGUUUAUGCCAGUGGACUCAAUGAUUAUGGACAGCUAGGGGUGUCAGAUGACAGAGCUUAUAUAACUGAACCACUUGGAGUCGCUGGACUACCCAAAGAAAUUGUAAAAGUUUCAGCUGGUUAUCAUCAUUCUUCUGCUAUUACAGUGGAUGGAGAACUUUAUAUGUGGGGGAAGAACACAAAUGGUCAGCUUGGCCUUGGAAAGAAAGCUGCUACGGUAUUGUCUAUACCCAAUAAAGUUGAAUGCUUGAAUGGAGUCACAAUCAAAAUCAUUUCCCUAGGUUUCGAACACUCAAUUGCUGUAACAGAUAAAGGUGAGACUUUGAGUUGGGGUGGGGGACAAUCAGGAAGACUUGGUCAUGGACAUCAAUCAGGCAUUUUUGGACUCAUAAAAAGUGACAGUGAAUACACACCACGACUUAUUAAGGAACUUGAGGGGUUGAAGGUUAAGAAUGCUUCUGCUGGAAUGUUGCAUUCUGUCUGCAUCAGCGCCACAGAGAAUGGAUCUGUACAUAUUUUUGGCGAAAGAGCAAAUAAGAAAUUGGGCUUUAGCGAAGCAUCAAAUAGUUCGCUACCAUCUAUGGUAGAUGGACUUCCAUAUUCUGAAAAGGCUGCAUGUGGAGGUUAUCAUACCUGUGUUAUUACAGGUGGUGGAGAACUGUACGUGUGGGGUACCAAUGAAAAUGGGUGUCUUGGUAUUGGAUCUACAGAUGUCGCUCAUUUACCUGAAAGAGUUGAAGGACCAUUUUUGAGGCAUUCAGUUUCUGAGGUAUCCUGUGGUUGGAAGCAUACAGCAGCAAUUUCUGGAGGAAAUGUUUACACUUGGGGAUGGGGAGGCUCCCAUGGGACAUUUUCUGUAGACGGACAUUCUUCUGGCGGACAACUGGGUCAAGGAAAUGAUGUUGAUUACAUUAAGCCUACAAAAAUCAACUUUCCUAGACACGUAAAAGCACUGCAAGUAUCCUGUGGGUUUAAUCAUACAGGUGCUAUAUUUGAAUACAGCUAGUUGGAAAAUCAGUCUCGUUGUUUCUUGUCGCGAAGGCAAUAUAAUCUGCUUCUUACGGAAGGUUUGCAAUCACGUUCACAUAUAUAAGCAGUCUGUUAUUGCAGCUAUACA